AUGACGACCACCUUAGGCGCUGCAGGAGCCGUAUUGCCCAUUCCACAGGGAGAGAUACACGUCAGACCCUAUCGUUCAGGAUCCAACUCGCAACUCAAGUUAAGCUUCACACCAAGGGUCUCAAGUUUGAACAAGGAGAAUCUACGAUCACAGACCGACGAGUUUAGGGGGUUCUUUACCUUGUUCUGGAUAAGCCUCGGUCUUCUUUUCCUCCGUACCGUCGUGCAAUCAUGGGAAGAGAAUCGAACGCCGCUCUCAUGGACUUUUGGAAGACUCAUCACUGGAGACGUCAUCGUUCUUGCCUUUGCCGACUUUUUGAUGUCAGUGUCAAUGUUCUUAUGUGUGACCCUCAUCAAAUUGGUUCAAAACGGACAUAUCCGAUUUCAUCCCACUGGUCUCAUCAUACAACAUACCUUUCAGACAUUGUACCUCGCCACGGCUAUAUGGUGGGGUUAUCAUCGACAAUGGUAUUGGGUUCAGUCUGGUUUUUUAGUCUUGCAUUGUCUUGCAAAUCUGAUGAAGAUGCAUUCUUACAUGGCUCACAACGGCAUGUUGUCCAUGGUACAUGAUCGACUUCAAGAAGAACAAGCCACUCUCGAUCAACUGGUCGACUCACUUCCCGGUGGACGAGAAGCUGUUUUGGCAGAAGCCGCCGCCCAUCAAGUAGAGAUCGAGACCAAAGUAAAAGCAGAAAUCACUCCUGUGGCUACUCCCGCUGUUUCCCUCCCUGGAACUCCAUCUAUCACCGGUAUGCCUACAACCAAUGGUCUGACCUCUUAUGAAGAUCCCGCAGAGGCUGUCAAACGACAUAUGGGCUUAAGGUCAGAGACAGCAUUGGUCACUGCUCGUAAUACAUCACCAGAAAAGGGUUCCCCUGGACCAGAGUUGCGGAAGAGGAAUGCUAAAGCGGCAAAGAAAUCAUUAGAAGCUUUACCUGAACCUCAGGCGGAUUUACCUCAAGGAACGAGUUUGGAGCCUUCUCACACGACGACUCCGCAUGCACGGAAACCUCCUCAUCCACUGGCUUGGUCGAGUCACGAGAGAGUGGCUUUGUUGGCUCAGAAUAUCAGUGCUAUGCAAGAGGAGUUGAGGAGCAAUGGAGCAAAAGGGUUGGUUUGGCCACAAAAUGUCACGUAUCGACAUUUCUUCGAAUACAUCUUCACUCCGACUUUGGUGUAUCAAUUAGAGUAUCCUCGGACGAAUACAAUCCGACCCCUGGUGGUGCUCGAAAAGAUAAUCGCAACAUUCGGUACCUUCUCACUCAUCUACACUAUCACAGAGCACUACAUCAUCCCAUUCACUCCCAAGCCAGGUGAUUCGUUGUUCAAAAGCUAUGUGAAUUUGGCAUUACCAAUGAUUAUCAACUAUCUCUUCAGUAUAAUCUUUGAAUGUGUCUGUACUGGAUUUGCCGAGUUAUCAUAUUUUGCCGAUAGAGAAUUUUAUCAAGAUUGGUGGAAUUCGACUACUUGGGAUCAAUUUUCACGAAAGUGGAAUAAACCUGUGCAUACAUUCCUACUUCGUCACGUAUACGCAUCCACCAUGGACUCUCUAUCCCUUUCUAAAACUUCAGCAACAUUCGUCACUUUCCUUCUUUCUGCACUAUGUCACGAACUCGUAAUGGCCGUCGUGACUAAAAAAAUCCGACCAUAUCUAUUCCUCAUGCAAAUGGCUCAAUUACCCAUGAUCGCCUUGGGUAGGGUGGGUUGGGUCAAGAGGAGUAAAACGAUUGGAAAUAUCGUUUUUUGGUUAGGACUGAUGUCUGGUUUCCCACUUUUGUAA